GUUCUGUCCUGCCGUUAUUUUCCUCCGGCAGCGCCAACAUGAAGUGACCGGUGUUAUGAAAUGAGAAAAGGGGACAGGAAAGGUCAUUGAAACACCAAGUUUUAUCGUUUUCUGGAGCAUUUCUGGAUGGCGGCGCUGUGAAGGAUGCACUCCCAGGUUCUGUGCAGCGGCACGGCGGCGGCCGUGGCCGCCCGGAGGAUGAGGACGCUGCUGGGGCCAGUGGUGGGGAGGAACGGCUGGAAGAGGAAAACACACGAGGUCAAACUCCUCAACACCUCCUCAGGUGACACAGUGAAGAUCGGGGAUAUCACGUAUCGACUGAAAACACCUCGGAAUCCAGAGCUCGUCCCGGUCAAACACCUUCCAGACUACCUGCCGCAGACCGUGGCUCAGCAUCUGCGAUGGAUCAUGCAGAAGGACCUGCUGGGGCAGGACGUGUUCCUCAUCGGGCCCCCCGGGCCCCUGCGGCGCUCCAUCGCCAUGCAGUACCUGGAGUUGACUAAACGGGAGGUGGAGUACGUCGCUCUGUCCAGAGACACGACAGAAACCGACCUGAAGCAGAGGAGGGAGAUCCGGUCGGGGACGGCCUUCUACAUCGACCAGUGCGCCGUGAGGGCGGCCACCCAGGGCCGGGUCCUGGUCCUGGAGGGGCUGGAGAAGGCCGAGAGGAACGUCCUGCCCGUGCUCAACAACCUGCUGGAGAACCGAGAGAUGCAGCUGGAGGACGGGCGCUUCCUCAUGUCGGCAGAGCGAUACGACAAACUGCUGCAGGAGCACUCGAAGGAGGAGCUGGACGGCUGGAAGAUCGUUCGCGUCAGCGAGGACUUCAGGGUCAUCGCCCUCGGCCUCCCCGUUCCCAAGUACAAGGGCAACCCGCUGGACCCCCCGCUGCGCUCCCGCUUCCAGGCCCGGGACGUCUACUACCUGCCUUUCAAGGACCAGCUGGAGCUGCUGUACUCGGCAGGACCGAACGUCCCGGCAGAACGGGUGUCCCAGCUGCUGUCCCUCGCCACCACGCUGUGCUCUCAGGAGUCGUCCCUCCUGGGCCUGCCGGACUUCCCGGUGGACAACCUCGUGCCGGCGCUGCGCGUCCUGAACUCGUUCCCGGCGCUGUCGCCGCAGCAGCUGGUGCAGCGGCUGUACCCCUACAGCAGCAUCCUGGGCCGGGAGGGCCGCGGCGCCGUGGAGGGCGUGCUGAGCAGGUUCGAGCUCCUGGACGGCCGCCGCCCGCCGCCGCCCUGCAGCAUCCAGACGGUCUCCAGCAGCAAGGACGGCGGCGGACUGGCCGACGUGACGCUGCGCACGGCGGACGGCGAGGUCACCUUCCAGGUUCCGGCGGGCACCCGGCGGCCGCGGCCCCCCGACAGCAGCCCCGCCUUCAUCAACACGCCCAGCCACGUCCAGCUGAUGGCCGACAUGAUGCAGUCGCACAUGGUGAAGGACGUCUGCCUGAUCGGAGCCAAGGGCUGCGGGAAGUCGGUGAUCGCCAGAGAGUUCGCCGAGAUGCUGGGCUACAGCGUGGAGCCCGUCAUGCUCUACCAGGACAUGACGGCCCGGGACCUGCUCCAGCAGAGGUACACCCUCCCCAACGGGGACACGGCGUGGAGGCCGUCGCCACUGGUCACCGCCGCCAUCGAGGGCAAGCUGCUGCUUCUGGACGGCGUCCACAGGGUCAACCUGGGGACGCUGGCCGUGCUGUCCAGGCUGCUGCACGACCGGGAGCUGGACCUGUAUGACGGGACCAGGCUGCUGAGGUGGGACCGGUACCAGGCGCUGAAGGAGCAGCUGCAGUUCACCGACCAGCAGAUGCAGGAGCGGUCCAUCCUGGCCGUCCACCCGUCGUUUCGGGUGCUGGCGCUGGCCGAGCCCCCGGCGGUGGGCGGCGGUCCGGCCGGCCGGGGCCAGCAGUGGCUGGGUCCGGAGCUGCUCACCAUGUUCCUGUACCACAGCGUCCGGCCGCUGGGCCAGGCGGAGGAGAUGGACCUCAUCCUGGGACUGACUCCCGCCGUUCCAAAGGAGGCGGCGGAGCAGCUGCUGCAGCUCACACACACUCUGAGGAAGACCAGCGACCCCACAGCGCAGUCCCUGGCCUCGUCGCUCUCCACCAGGCAGCUGCUGAGGAUCUGCCGCCGGCUCUCCCAGUACCCCGAGGAGAGCGUGGCUCACGCCGUCAGUAAAGCCUGUCUCUCCAGGUUCCUGCCCAGUCUGGCCCGUGCCUCUCUGGAAAAGACCCUGACCAACUGCUCCAUCCAGACCAGCCCGGAUCCAGCAGAGUCCAGCCGGGAUCGUCCCUGCGUGGUCAAAGACGGAGUGUUGACUAUCGGAGAAGUUUCUGCUCCGGUUUACAACCCCAGCGAGAAAAUGAAGAUUCCCGACGUGCUGUUCUACGACAAUCCACAGCACAUGAUGGUGAUGGAGGACAUGCUGAAGGACUUCCUGCUGGGGGAGCACCUGCUGCUGGUGGGAAACCAGGGCGUGGGGAAGAACAAGAUCGUGGACAGAUUCCUGCACCUUCUCAACAGGCCCAGAGAGUAUCUGCAGCUCCACAGGGACACGACGGUCCAGACUCUGACCCUGCAGCCGUCCGUGCGAGACGGGAUUAUCACGUACGAAGACUCUCCUCUGGUGAAGGCGGUGAAGUUCGGCCACGUCCUAGUGAUCGACGAGGCCGACAAGGCUCCCACCAACGUCACCUGCAUCCUGAAGACCCUGGUGGAGAGCGGCGAGAUGAUCCUGGCCGACGGGCGGAGGAUCAUCUCAGAUCCCGGUGAAGCCGCAGGACGACCCAACGCCAUCGUCAUGCACCCAGACUUCAGGAUGCUGGUUCUGGCCAACAGACCCGGAUUUCCUUUCCUGGGAAAUGACUUCUUCGGAGCUCUAGGCGACAUCUUCAGCUGCCACGCCGUGGACAACCCCAGGCCGCAGGCGGAGCUGGCCAUGCUGAAGCGGUACGGCCCCGACGUGCCGGACGCCACGCUGCACAAGCUGGUGGCCGCCUUCGGAGAGCUGAGGGCCAUGGCCGACCAGGGCGCCAUCGCCUACCCCUACUCCACCCGCGAGGUGGUCAACAUCGUCAAGCACCUCCAGAAAUUCCCAAACGAGGGUCUUGCCAACGUGGUGCGGAACGUCUUCGACUUCGACUCGUACAACAAGGACAUGCGGGACGUUCUGAUCGAGGCUCUGCACAAGCACGGCAUCCCCAUCGGGGCCAAGCCCACCUCCGUCAGGCUGGCCAAGGAGCUGCCGCUGCCCGAGGCCAAGAUGACCGGGUAUUGGACCGUCAACCAAGGCGGCAACGCUCGCCGGAAGCUCCUCUGUCCCACCGAGACGCGUCCCAUCGACAUCAAGGGCCCCGCCUUCCUCCGGGUGCAGACGUCGCCCUGCGACCGGCAGGAGAGCCGAGCUCUGAGCUUCAGUGAGGAAAAAGCCUCGUGGCAGAUUCCAAUGAACGAGGUCAACAUCAUCUGUGACGUGGCCACCAGAGACGACUGGCUGUUCGUGGCCACCUGUAACCCCGUGUCGCUGCUCGCCAUGAGGGAGCGCGGCGACCGGAUCCAGAGCCUGGAGCUCUACGACGUCUUCCCCCGCACCAUCAGCGGCGUCUGGCAGCCCUUCGUCACGCUCGCUCCGCUGGGCGGCCCCCUGGAGGGCCAGGUGGUCCUGCACGAGGAGCAGAGUAACACCGUUCUCCAUCUGGACCUGGUCACCGGCGCCGUGCGGAGGCUGCUGCUCUCUCCGGAAGACGAGCAGCCCGGCGCUCGAACCGCCAACUGGUGGAGCAGCAAGGAGCAGCAGGCGGCUCAUAAGAUGUGUCGGGACUUCGCCCAUAAGAACUGGCUGCUCUUCUACAAGGAGGACGGCAACCAGCUGGAGGUGCUGGACGUGCUGGAGGGCCGGGUUCACUCCAUCUCCCUGCCCAUCAACCUCAAGUCCGUGUUUCUGGUGGCCGAGGACCGCUGGCUGCUGCUGGAGAGCAGCACCAACCAGAAGUUCCUGCUGACCAAGCCCAUGCACAUGAAUGCCGAGGACUCUGGAGUGUGUCAGCUUCACAGCAUCAGCGACGACUCGGCCAGCUCAGCCGCCGCCUCCCUACCCAGCAUGCUCUCCUGCGAGCAGCUCCCCAACGAGAACCUGAGCGCCGCCCUGGACCAGAAGAUCGUGUCGCCGAACCGCGUGCUGGCCGACUCGUCCUGCUUCGCCCGGAUCGUGGUGGGCUUCCCGGACCUCAUGUCCCCCAGCGAGGUGUACAGCUUCCCCCGGCCGGCCGACCUGACGGAGAUGAAGGACGGCGGUGGCGGCGGCGGCGCUCACCUCUUCUUCAGGGGGGGGCUCCGGUCCGGCGCCGCCAAGCGGGAGAACUGCGUCAGCCUGCUGGCGGCCAAUCAGGUGGUCCGAGCUCUCCCGCCCAGCAAGGUGCCCCUGAAGGAGAUCUACCCCAAAGACGUGACUCCUCCCAUGACGGCGGCGUACCUGGAGGUGACGGACCUGAACUCCAAGAAAGUCAAAUACAUUCCAGUUCCGAGGUCCGCCUCCGUGUCUCCCUACACCAGCUGGCUGUCCCGGGUGUCGGAGUGCGACGUGGUGAUGGCGGCUCUGGGCUCGGGGGGCGUGGUCACCGUGGACAUGGGCGGAGCCGUGCGGCUGUGGGAGACGGGGCUGGACAGCCUGCAGCGCUCCCUGAUGGAGUGGAGGAACAUGAUCGGGACGGAGGACGGCCGGCCGGUGCAGAUCACCAUUCAGAGAGACAGCGGCUUGGAUGUCACGGCGCCCAAACACGGCAAGAUCGACGCCAACAACGCUCCUCACGUCGGGGGAAACCAGUGGGCCGGAGGCACAGGCGGCAGAGACACAGCGGGGCUGGGCGGGAAGGGCGGGCCCUACCGGCUGGACGCCGGCCACAAGGUGUACCAGAUCUCCCAGGCCGAGAAGGACGCCGUCCCCGAGGAGAUCCGCCGCGCCGCCCGGGAGAUGGGCGAGAAGGCCUUCAAAGAGAGGCUGAAGGAGAUCGACAUGAGCGAGUACGACGCCGAGACGUACGAACGCUUCUCCAGCGCGGUGAGGAGGCAGGUGCAGUCGCUGCGCAUCAUCCUGGACAGUCUGCAGGCGAAGGGGAAGGAGCGUCAGUGGCUGAAGAACCAGGCGCUGGGAGAGCUGGACGACGCCAAGAUCAUCGACGGGCUCACCGGAGAGAAGGCCAUCUAUAAACGGAGGGGGGAGCUGGACCCAGAGCUGGGGAGUCCUCAGCAGAAGCCGAAGCGCCUGCGGCUGCUGGCCGACGUGUCGGGCAGCAUGUACCGCUUCAACGGCGUGGACGGCCGGCUGGAGCGCUCCAUGGAGGCCGUGUGCAUGGUGAUGGAGGCCCUGGAGAGCUACGAGCACAAGUUCAAGUACGACGUGGUCGGCCACUCGGGCGACGGCUGCGACAUCGAGCUGGUGGCGGCGGACAAGGUCCCGAAAAACAACAAGCAGCGGCUCCGCGUCCUGAAGACCAUGCACGCCCACGCCCAGUUCUGCAUGAGCGGCGACUUCACGCUGGAGGGCACGGAGGCCGGCGUGCGGGCGCUGGCGGCGGAGGAGGCGGACGAGCACUUCCUGGUGGUGCUGAGCGACGCCAACCUGGAGCGCUACGGCAUCCGGCCCGAGAGGCUCGCCCAGGCGCUGACCUCCGACCCCCGGGUCCACGCCUUCGCCAUCUUCAUCGGCUCCCUGGGCGACCAGGCCGAACGGCUGCAGAGGACUCUCCCAGCCGGACGCUCCUUCGUGGCCAUGGACACCAAGCAGAUCCCCCAAAUCCUGCAGCAGAUCUUCACCUCCACCAUGCUGUCCAGUGCCUGAGACACACACACACACACACACACACACACACACACACACACACACACACACUCUCUGUACUGAAAGGUUUGUCCUGUCAAACCUCAUUACUGUCACAGUGUCUUCAGCUCAUCAGAUCCAGAAUCAGGCGUAUUUAUUACUGUAGCAAAGAGUGUCUGUGUGUGUGUGUGUGUGUGUGUGUGUGUGUGUGUGUGUGUGUGUGUGUGUGUGUGUGUGUGUGUGUGUGUGUGUGUGUGUGUGUGUGUGUGUGUGUGUGUGUUGACCCUCUGGGUGGAGACAGUUUGUUUUCUGUGAUCUUGUUGCGCCCCUGAGCAGCAGGGACACCGUGCACGCCCCCUGUCUCCGUGCACGCCCCUGGAGCCCGCUGUCUCGGACCCCGUGUGGGGAUCAAACACACAGCCUGACCUGUCGCCGUCUGGAAUUGUUUGUGACACACACACACACACACACACACACACACACACACACCUACACACACACACACACACACACACACACGUCAGACGUUGCUGCGUUUCCACGUGUUUGGACUCGUUGCCUUCUAAUAAACGGCUUUAGACUCAGAACCCGGACAGUCGUUCAGAAAAUAACUUAAACAGCUCGACUUGCUUCAAGUGAUGCUGCUGAUCCGGGUCUGAUUCAUCGUCACAUCAGACAUCAGUCCUGUGAAGAAUGGAGGCUGUGCCGUGGUGAAGUGGUCCGCCCGGUCAGGGCCAACAUUUUCCUCCAAACAUCAGGAUGUAGGAAUCGAACAGGAGGUGUUUUUGAUGUGAGGCGGCAGUGCUCACCACUGCACCACCCUGGAGCAGCAGCGGCACAGCAGCUGUCUCCAGUGGGGCGUUCCUCCGGGUCGGAGGUCGUCGCCGGGCUGUCGGCUGCUCUCCUGCUGUUCAGGAUGUGAUCAAUAAUCCGCAGCGAUCAGCGAAUCGAUCGCUGCGUCCCGUCGGUGUCGACCCACUUCACUCUGCCAGAUGAAACCAGCCAGCAGUGGACAGAGAAACGCUUCCCAUCACCUCCGUCUGUCUCGUCUCUUUAGCUUGUAUGAUUUUAUUCAUCCAUGUGGAAAAACAAUGUAAAAGUAAUGUACAAAAUUUAAAUAAAUCAUUUUAACGCUG